CAUUUCUUCGGUCCACGCGUUGUCAUGUGACACUUGUUCAGCCAUCUUGUGGAUACGAAAAGAGAGACAACUCGCACACAAACUCAGCGCUGUCAGUUAAAAGUGGAGACUUUCUAGGGGGAAAAAAUGGCAGAAACUCAGACACUUAACUUUGGACCAGAAUGGCUCCGUGCUUUGUCUGGUGGAGGGAGCAGUAGCACUGUGGCCUCUCCUCCACUCUCGCCUGCAUUGCCAAAGUAUAAACUUGCAGACUAUCGCUAUGGGAGAGAAGAGAUGCUUGCACUUUAUGUAAAGGAUAACAAGAUUCCAGUAGAUCUACAUGACAAGGAAUUUCUGCCUAUUUUACAAGAGGACCCCUUGCCACCUCUGGCUUUAGUCCCGUUUACGGAGGAGGAACAGAGAAAUUUCUCUAUGUCUGUAAAUAGCGCGGCAGUGCUCCGUCUCACUGGGCGAGGGGCUGGUGUGGUGGCAGGGACCCCCCGGGGUCGAAGUUCCUCUCGAGGGCGAGGUAGGGGUCGGGGAGAAGGAGGGUUUUACCAAAGAAGUUUUGAUGACGUGGAGGGUGGUUUUGGCCGUGGCGGAAGAGAGAUGCAUCGCUCUCAGAGCUGGGAGGAGAGGGGAGAUAGAAGGUUUGAAAAGCCAAGUCGAAAAGAUCCAGAUGGAGCAACAGCACAUUUUCAGCUCAAUCACAUACGGGCUAACUAUGAGGACAGCGGUCCGGGGGGGCUGGUGCGGAAGCACGACUUUACACGCGCCGAGAGUGAGAACUGGCGCGUGUCCCGCGAAGAGCAGAACGGUGAGGAUGAGGAAGGUGGAGGCUGGCGGCUGGCGGGGUCCCGACGAGAGAACGAGCGAUGGUGCCCCCCGAGUCCAGAUGGGCCGCGGUCAGCCGGGUGGCGGGACCACCCAGAGCAACGGCGCCGGUUCCCGUUCGACUCGCGGGGGGAGGAGGAGCGAGGUGGGGGCUUCCGCCGGCCCCGAUCAGGCAGCGGCAGCGUGGAGGACGAGCGGGACAGCCUUCCGGAAUGGUGCCUGGAGGACGCGGAGGAGGAGACCGGAACGUUCGACUCCUCUGGAGCCUUCUUGUCCCUCAAGAAAGCUCCGAAGGAGCCGAUUCUGGAGGAGGUGGAGCUAGAGUUCCGUCCACUGGAAGAGUGCGAGGAAAGCUUGGAGAAAGAUGGCAGCGAAUCAGAGAACACCAAAGAGCCAGAUGGCAAAGCCCCACCCACCAGGCCCCAAGACGGGGCGAAGUCAGAAGAGCCCUCUCCUCCUGCCGUUCAGCUGCCAGCAUCCAUCCCUGCUCAGGAGCCUGCCAUGGCCCUUCCCCACCCCUCCAGCCAGCCGGAGCGACCGGAAGAUCCGGAGAGGGUGGCAGUCCCCGAGAUCAGGAGCACGGCAGCUCCACUUCCCACCCCCUUAUCCAGCUGCGUCGUGGAGACCAUUUCAGUGCCACACGCCACUACCACACUCGGUGCAUGCACAGAUCUUCCAGCCCCCUCUGCUGUGCCGUUACCGUCCCGGACGGUAGCGCCCACGGCGCUGCCUCCUGCUGGCCAUACGUCUGCCCUCUCCUUCUCCGAGAACGUCGCUGUCAUGCCUGCCGACACGGAUGAGGACGAGGGGCUCAAGCACUUUGAGCAGGAGGCAGAGAAGAUGGUGGCCUAUCUGCAGGAUGGUGCCGUGGACGACGACCGUCUGGCAACCAAGAACGCAGAGCGGCCCAGCGCCACGGGUCUGCCGCUGAGUGUGGAGGGCCUCAAAUGGUACUACAAGGACCCACAGGGAGAGAUUCAGGGCCCCUUUAGCAGCCAUGAGAUGUCUGAGUGGUUCCAGGCGGGGUACUUCCCGAUGACCCUGAUGGUGAAGAGGGGCUGUGAUGAGGGCUUCCACCCCCUGGGGGAGAUAUUUAAGAUGUGGGGAAGAGUCCCCUUUGCCCCUGGCCCUACACCUCCUCCCGUUCUGGGAGAUGCGGAUCAGGAGAGAAUGAAGAGGCAACAGGAGCUCAAUGCUCUGAGUAUGUAUCAACUUCAGCAACUGCAGUAUCAGUACAUGCUCAGGCACCAACAAUAUGCUCAGGCAUUGGCUCAGCAGAAGGCGGUGCUCAAUCCAGCCCCUCCCCCGACACAACAGCACCUGAACCUGCUGCUUCACCAGGCCCUCAAGCUCAGAUCUCCAGAGCAGCAACCGAGCUUGCUGCCACCGGUGACACAUUCACUGUCGGUUCCAGAUUCUGGUUCUGUUUGGGAUAUGCAGAACCCAUCCAGCCAACCAGCCUGUCCUUCCAGCAUUCAGCCAGCGACUUCUGAGAAGUGGGAGGGUGCCAGUGUAUGGGACCUGCCCAUCGACACCGUGGGCUCCAUCGAACAGAUUCAGCUGGAGAAGGCCAAGGCUGAAAAGAUGGAGUUGGAGCGCAGGCAGGCGGAGCUUCGGGCGCAGAGGGAGGAGGAGGAAGAAGAUCGCAAACGCCUGGAAGAGGAAGAGUUGGCCCGGCGGAAACAGGAGGAAGCACUAAGGAGACAACAGGAGCAGGAAGAGUCUCAGCGACGACAGAAGCAGGAAGAGGAGCGCUUGGCUCAGGAAGAAGCGCUGCGUAGGCUCGAGGAAAAGAGGGAGGAGGAGGAGCAGAGGAGGAAAAGAGAAGAGCUUCUCCGCAAACAAGAAGAGGAGCGGCGGAAACAGGAGGAACUUGAAGCACAGAGGAAGCGAGAAGAGGAGAGGCGUUUGGAGGAGGAGGCAGCGGCGUUGGCACGACAACAGCAGGAGGAGCAGAAGCGGCGGGAGCAGGAGCUGCGGAAGGAGCAGGAGCUGAAGCGGAGGGAGCAGGAGCAGCGGAGGGAGCAGGAGCAGCGGAGGGAGCAGGAGCUGCAGAGGCAGCGGCAGCAGCAGCAGGAGGCCCUGCGUCGCCUGCAGCAGCUGCAACAGCAGCAACAGCUGGCCCAGAUGAAGCUGCCGUCCUCCUCCAAAUGGGGCCAGCAGGCGGCCGCGGCCCUCGGCCAGACGCAGAGCCCUCUGUCCCUCAGUGAGAUACAGAAACUGGAGGAGGAGCGAGAGCAGCGCGAAGAGCAGCGGCGUCUACAGCAGGAGCUCCAGAAGCAUCAGCACCUACAGCAGCCCCAGGCCAAGGCCUCGGGCUGGGGCAGCGUCGCCCAGCAGCCUGCUGCCACCAAGUCCCUCCUGGAGAUCCAGCAAGAGGAAGCUCAGCAGAUGAAACAGAGGAAGGAACAGCAGGCAGUGGUCACUCAGCUUAACCGCACACAGACCAGGCCUGCUUUGAGCACCUCGGUAUGGGGGUCAGUGAGUAACACCAGUUCACAGUGGAGUUCAGACUGCAGCAGUGUCUGGGGCGACGCUCAGAACUGCAACGUGGGUUUCUGGGAUGAGGCAGUGAAGGAGACGGCUCACCCCCCGCCCUCGCGCAAGAGCAGCUCGCAGAAGAACAAGGGGAACGCUAACCUCAGUAACAGCAGCAGCGGCAGGUCCAGUAAGAAAGCGGAGGACGAGGAGAAGCUGUUGAAACUCUUCCAGGGGGCCAGCAAGACUCAGGACGGCUUUAUGCAGUGGUGUGAGCAGACACUACACACGCUCAACACUGCCAACAACCUCGACGUUCCGACAUUUGCAUCGUUCCUGAAGGAGGUGGACUCUCCAUACGAGGUACACGAUUACGUGCGCGCGUAUCUGGGAGACACGCCACAGGCCAAGGACUUCGCCCGCCAGUUCUUGGACCGCCGCACCAAACAGAACGCCAACCAGCAAAAACCACCCCCGAGCCAGCCACAGAAACACCAGCAGGACUCUGUGUGGGGAGUGAAUCAGACCGUAUCUCAGGCAGUUUUUCAGUCCAACCACUCCACCAAGCAGCAGCCGCCACGCUUCGAAACAGUCACCUCUGCUGGCAAGAAGAAGAAGAAGCAGAAGAUGGUGAGAGCAGACCCGAGCUUGUUGGGUUUUUCAGUCAACGCAUCGUCUGAGCGAUUAAACAUGGGGGAGAUCGAGACCGUGGAGGACUUUUGAGACGAGCUGACAACUUCACUCCCCUUGACUAUUUCCGUUAACAGCUGCCAUGCUCCCCGUUGGGGGUUUUUGCUUUUGUUUAUUUUAAAAAAUAUAUAUAUAUAUAAAUAUAUAAAUAUUUCACUCCCCCAUAGUCAGUUUUCAUAUGUCGAUUCCAACCGAGAAGAGAAGGUGUGGGAGGAAGCGUCUGUCGUCCAUCCUGAAUCGUUAACCUCCCCCCAGGCAUGUGGAGAGAGAAACCGUGACUGCAGAGUUAUCCUGUCAUCUCCCGCUUUGGUGUCAUCAGACCCCACUUGACCAUCACCAGUUAUUUUAAAUGCGCAUUAAAGGAGUAACCCUGCUUGACACAGGAAAAAAAAAAAACUUCAUUUACUUUUCUUGGAUUAUUAUUUUUUUUUUAUUAUUAUUAUUUAUUGAAAA